CGACUCUCCGGAUAUUGCAAACAAAACAAAAAAGUUAGUUGAAAUUGCAAUAUAUCCCACUUUCACUGUUCACUAUUAUCAUUAUCAUCGAGUUUCCUUCAACCUUUCCGUCACUUUCACUCUGGCUGAAGGUUUUCACUCUGCCCAAUAUUGAAUUUCAAUUCGACCUCCAACUCUGCCUCUCCUUGCUCUCUCACACUCAGAUCCUCUCGCACUAGGUUUGAAAAGACAUGUAUAAGAACCGGUUGCAAGAAUUGGCUCAAAGAAGCUGUUUUAAUCUGCCAGCCUAUUCAUGCAUCCGCGAAGGGCCAGAUCAUGCUCCUCGUUUCAAGGCAACUGUCAACUUUAAUGGAGAGGCAUUUGAAAGCCCAACAUUUUGCUCUACUCUUAGACAGGCAGAACAUGCAGCAGCAGAGGUAGCUCUUAACACAUUUGCAGAAAGAGGUCCCUCCAGAGCUUUGGCAGCAAGAGUUCUGGAUGAAACAGGAGUAUACAAGAACUUGCUCCAGGAAACUGCUCACAGAGCUGGACUGAAUCUUCCUGUUUAUACAACUAUUCGUUCUGGACCAGGUCAUGUUCCUAACUACUCAUGUACUGUUGAGAUUGCUGGAAUGCAUUUUACUGGAGACCCUGCUAGGACCAAGAAACAGGCUCAGAAAAAUGCUGCAAUGGCUGCUUGGUCUGCAUUGAGAAAAUUGCCACGGCUUCAUUUAUCUUCUUCAGAGUCUAAAGGCAAUGAAGAACAAGAACAAGUCAUCAUUGCUAGGGUACUUGCAAGUUUACAUCCAUGUAGGUCAAAAAACUUUUCUGAAAGUGAUCAUCAACAUAGGUACCAAAACUCCUCCUCAACCAAGGUCCAGCCAACUCUAGGGAUGUAUCCCCCGCAAUGGCAGCAUUGUGGAAUCUCUAGUUUCUCUCCUGAUUUGACUCUAUAUCAGAUUUGGCAGCAAGAACAAAUUAUGCAGCAACAAAAUAGCCUAUUGGCACUAACCAUUCAACCAAUUAUUCCAUCUCCUCCCCAGAUUUAUCCAUUAGUACAGUCUGUCCUUCAGCCAGAUCACUGCCAUUAUUUUCCACCUAGAGAGUUAGCAUCAGUUCCUGUGGGACCAAGAUUCUCUAUUGCUGCAUCAAGGCCUUCAUUUUACUUUUCAAACCAAAUUGUUCCUGAGCUAAACAGGGGCAGGUCAACAGUAACCAUUAGAGAGAUACAAGAGGAGAAAGUAGAAGAUCCCUCAGUUUGCAACUUUAGCAAUGAAACAAGAGUCCCAACAGAAGAUGAGAGACAGAAGCAUGGCUCUGGAAGCAGAAGAAGAAAUGCAGAGUUGGUAGGAGAACAAAGUGGGAAAUCUGAGUGGGAUUCUCAUAGGAACAUUGGAUCUAUACACAAACCAGCUAAUAUUGAGCUGCAAAACUCAUCCAAUAUUGACACCUCUGUUCCCAGAGGACAUUUGCAAGCAAGCUUCAACAGAAGUUUUAGAUCGCGAGCAGUUUCAUCUUCCAUGGUGAGAACUAUGGCCCCUACUUCGCCUCCAGGAUCCAGACCGCGACAUCCGGAAGUACCUCUGGCUGUUGCUUCAAGGUUGAGAACUGGAGUUCCACGAAGUCCAGGCAUGCCAACCUCUGAAAGGCUUGGCAUGUCUCCUACUUCUUUAUUCACGGCCCCGCCUGUGCGAAUCCGAUCAGUAGUUCCAGUCUGCUCAGCUCCUCCAGGGAGAUCAAUAGCAGAGGUAUCCAAAAGCAAGGAAAAAGAAGAUUUAAAACUUGAAGACAAAGAGUUGUCAAGAACAAGCUCUGAGCUUGGCCAUCUUAGAUUAUAAGUACACAUACAAUAGAAUAGAGGUAAAAAUAAUAAGUCUUGUUCAAGUCAAAUAGUUUACUCUGUAGGCAUAGUAAAAAAAGGCUUGUAUUUGACAAGGAAAAACACUUAUUAUAUACAUUGCCGGGUAGGUUUGAGAACACAAAUAAUCAUCCCCCACCCAUUUUAAGAUAGCCAUUUUCAUUUUUUACUUUUAACUGCGUUGAUACUUUAUCGUAAUACAAUUCUCGUCCAUCCUAUUUACAA